AUGAUUGAUGUCACAAUUGUGGAAAAAAUAUUGUGCUCCCUGAUGCCAAAGUAUGACUAUGUCGUUUGCUCCAUUAAGGAGUCAAAAGAUAUAGAUGAGUUAUUGCUUGACGAGUUGCAAAGUUCCUUAUUGGUAUAUGAGCAAAAAAUGAACCGUAUUUCAUCGUCCGAAGAGCAGUCUUUAAAGGCUUCUACUAAUACUCGUGUCUCAAAUUUUAGAGGAAGGGAUAGAGGUAUAGGAAGAGGAGAUCGAGGAUAUAGAGAUGGAGGCAACACAGACGACAAUAGAAAUUUUAGAGCCAAUGAUGACCAUGGUAAAGGCAGAAGAAGGAAUUUUGAUAAAUCCAAAGUAGAAUGUUAUCGAUGUCAUAAAUUUGGUCAUUAUAAGUCUGAAUGUUAUACCAGGCUGCCUAAUGACAAGGAUGAGAAGUCAAAUUUUGCUAAAAGUAACGAAAUUGAGAUAUUGUUGAUGACAUUCCAAGGAGAGAAGAAACCUGAAAAAAAAUGUUUGGGUGAUAUUAAGGUUAGAGACAAGAAUGGUUUUGAAGAAAAAAUCUCAAAUGUAUUUUAUGUUCCUGCUUUGAAAAGCAAUCUUCUAAGUGUUGGUCAAUUGCAAGAAAAAGGAUAUGUUAUAACUAUUGAGAAAGGUGCAUGUGAGAUUUAUAAUCCUACUAGAGGAGCUAUUGUUGUGGUGAAAAUGAUUUCAAACAGAUUGUUUCCGUUGAGGAUACCGAAUAGUCACUGGUUGUUUGAAAGCAGAAGUUAUAGAUUCGUCAUGGUUGUGACAUUUUAG